AUGAUUGAAGCCAAUAAACUCCAACUUCAACCCCAUUUUCUGGUAGUGGGAGAGCCGACCGAGAAUCGUUUUGCCUCAAUUCAAAAAGAAGCCUUCAAGUUCGUCAUCAAAACCACCGGCAAAGCGGACAGCGGCCAAAUGUUAGCAAAUCAUUUUCGAUUGCAAGCAAACCAGCAUCUGGUGUGGCCUCUCCUGAUGAUGAUUCUCAUCUACGCUUUGCCGAUUUUACUGAUCCUUUUUGCGGUUGGAUGUGGUAGAAAGAAAACGCCUAGAGGAUCGAUACGCCGUCCAAAAGCGUCGAAGGCUAGAACUGCCGUGGGAAAUGAGAAGCUGAGCCCAGCUUCAUUGGUUCCGCUUCCACAGUCAACGCCAAAGAAGGCAGAAAGCAAGCACGAUGUGAAGCAUGAGAAAGAGACAAGCGAGGAGGAAAUCCUUCCAAAACCAAUCCAUCGAACUGAAAAAGCGGAAGCAAUCGUGAGGAAAAGCGACUAUCCAACUUUCAACGAUAUCUUGAGUGACCGUGACUGGGAGAGCAAAAGCAAGCAGAGCGCUUCCAGAAAAUCCGAAAUGAAGCUCGACCGAGAUCUCAAGAAGGAAAAGAAGGAAAACCUUGCGGAC